CGGGGGCGGAGUCAGGUGCUGAACUGUCGCUGCUGCACAUCCCGCUGGUCCCCAGGCUGCCGGCAUGGGCUGGGCUCGGGAACUGUCCCGUGUCCUGUGGAGAUCGCUUUCAAAGAGAGUCAAGCAGCCAGUGGGCACAGAUAAGUUCGGGAACAAAUACUACUAUAUCCCGGAGUACAAGAACUGGAGAGGACAAACUAUUCGAGAGAAACGAAUUGUUGAAGCUGCGACAAAAAGAGAAGUAGACUAUGAAGUAGGGGACAUACCAACAGAAUGGGAAGCUUGGAUAAGAAGAACAAGAAAGACUCCACCUACAGUGGAGAGUUAUUGCUGUGGCUCAGUGCCUACACCACGAAUCCACUGCUCCUGGAGGACACUUAUUUUCCUGAAAACAACACAAAAAAACAGACAACAACAACAACAACAAAACAUCCCUCUGCUGCAAGUGUACAGAUGGCCUUUCUGGAACAGUAGAACCAGAGACAUAAAGAAAUCAAGAAGGAAGGAGAAGAUAGAGAAAGAAAGAGAGACAUCUACAGCAUUGUUUCACUGCUCACGAAGCUUUUCCCCUGCAGGUGGGGGCCAGGGGCUUGAACCCAGUUCUUUCUGCAUUGUAACUUGUGUGCUAUCCUGAGUUCACUAUUGUCCAGUCCCUUAAAUAAAUAUUUUC